AUAGAGAUAUCUUUUGGCCUUGUAAACAAUAACCAAAGCGUCAUUGGUGUCCCCACACACAUUAUCUAGAGUGCAUUAGGAGGCAUGUAUAGUAUCCCAUCUUCACCCUCUCAUGGUCAUGGUGAUGGCCAUGUCCACGCUCCUCUCCCUCUCUUUCCACCCACCAAAACCAAUACCUCUGCAAAGCCCCAAUUCAACAAUACCUGCUCUUCAACCCAACCCUCUUUCUAGAAGACUAGUGUUCCUAACUGCUUCUACUUCACUCACCUUUUUACUUUCUCAAUGCCCAAUAUCCUCCGCCCAGACAAAAUCGUUGUCAUCUUUCCUUUCAGGCAUUGCCAAUACUAAGUCUUGGUUUCAGUUUUAUGGUGAUGGUUUCUCCAUUCGGGUCCCACCUGAAUUCGAAGACCUCACCGAGCCUGAGGAUUAUAAUGCUGGCCUAUCACUAUAUGGAGAUAAGGCUAAGCCGAAGAAAUUUGCAGCGCGUUUUGCUUCUUCUGACGGAUCUGAAGUUUUAAGUGUCAUAAUUCGCCCUUCGAAUCAGCUGAAGAUCACCUUCUUAGAGGCCAAAGAUGUUACUGAUUUAGGGUCACUUAAGGAGGCAGCUAAAAUAUUUGUUCCAGCUGGCUCAACACUAUAUUCUGGACGCUCUAUUAAAAUUAAAGAAGAUGAAGGUUUCAGGACAUACUAUUUCUAUGAGUUUGCAAGAGAUGAGCAACACGUUGCAUUAGUGGCUGCUGUUAACAGUGGAAAGGCCAUUAUUGCUGGUGUCACCGCCCCUGAGAGCAAGUGGAACGAUGAUGGUUUGAAGCUCCGAUCUGCUGCAGUAUCAAUGACAGUCCUAUAAGAUGAAUACAAUACUUUAGCAGGCAAGAGUUAACAGUGUUCAUCAACCAUCCUUCUGAAUGUUCCUGCUAUUUUGCAAAGCUAAGACAUUAUAGCCUCAACCAAAGCAGACUGGAGACCAACACUCUGCAUUGUGACUAAGCCAUAAUGAAAUUGCACAACAGCUAUUCUCCUGAUUUUUCAUGACUGAUGAUCAUAGAUUGAUGCGUUUUUAACUCCUUUCGGUGGCUGAGAUGGGUUUGGUUUUUUUUUUUUCUUUACAUCUAGAAAUUACUUCUGAUUUUAUUAUUAGUAUAUUUUAUUGUUGUUGUAUUCUUUAAUUGUUUCAAAAACAACUUAUAUCAGUUGGUUGUGUUAAAAUGAACUUUUGGUUUCA